AAUUUUGAUACGUCAUAUGGUAUUUAUUAACGCCCCUUUCAGUCAAUUGAGGGUUUUAAGAGAGAAACUAAAAAGAGCAAGAACCUUAAGGUGGGAAAAUCAAAUGAAGACUAAAAGUUAUGUAUUGGGCUGAUACCUAUACGAAAACUGAAGGACCGUAAAUCCGGCGUUUCUUAAUAUUCUCGGCCCAACUCUCUCUUCCUUCCUUCUCUCUCUAUCUCUCUCUCACACACAGACGCGCACACACAAGCACGCACCUCCCCUCCAGGCUCCACCCACAAAAAUCUGCACUCUACGAUCUAAAUUUUCCCAAGAAUGGAGGCCACGCCAUCGAGUAAAGAACGUUUCUCCUCAGCCGAAGCGGGUCCCACCUGGAACAUACUGAAGAUUGCCUUUCUUAUGCUGGGUCUGUGUCUUGCUGCUAUGCUGGGCUUAGCCUUAUCUUUUAGUGAUUCUUCCUUAAUGUUCCAUGUCACAUUCCUUGUCCUGAUCGCUGCCACCCUUUUCUUGCUUCUUAGCGGCUACCUUGCAGAGACUGGCCUUGUCUCUGUUGAACACCAGAUGCAGGAGAUGGGGUUAGGAUCAAAAGAUGUCAAGGACGGAAGCAAGAAGAGCAACUAAUCCGAGUUUGAUCAUUACAUCAUACAGUUUCAGAUGGAAGACCUAACAAAGAUCAGCAACGUUGACACCUCUCUAGCAAGAACCAAAGGAAAAUUUGUUAACUGUCAAUGAUUGUUGAAGUUCUUCCAGUUUAUUCUUCAAUACUUUCCCCGCUGCCCUUCAUCUUGCUUCAGCGUUCCUUGGCUUCCUCCUUUGACUUUUUCUUUUUGGCCUUGAUGAAGCAGAAACAUGAGCACCAUGGCAACUGCAACAUGAACUUCAUUUCUUCUCAGUCUUGGAUGACUUGUUAUUUUGACGUAAAACCACGAUUAUAUAGGAUGUUCAUCAUCUUGCCUCUUGUACCACCAGUACAUUGUGAUUAGAUUCCAUUUAGAUAGAAAGAUGCUUAGCUUCUCUCACAGAACAGAAGAAAUUCUUAACUUGUCCAGCUCAAGAUCAAUUCUUCUGUUAUGUUCUUUUGUUCUAUAGUCUAUACCCUGGAAAGGCAGUCUUUUCGCAUUCUUUCCAUUCAAGGAAAGAUACAGUCUGACACCAGGUAUAUGCAGUUUGAGUUUCUUUUGCUUGAAGGAAAAAUAAGAAACAGGAAUGCUUGUUGUUC